CAACUAUAGAUUUUGUAGUUUUCACAUGUCUACCAGCUAUUUCAGGUUGUUGCUGUUAUAUGCCUGUCAAUCAAGGACAGAGAAAAAUAACCUGAUAGAGAGCAAGGACAUGGUGAUCACAUCCUUGCCUCUUCUGUAUGUUCUGGAUGAAGUUUGUUAAAAUUCCAAUUUAUAUAGGGCCCAUCACAUUAAGGGUCACUGUGCACUGUUCUAUCUAAAAUGGCCUAAUCAGAACUGACUCCCAUAUAACACUUCCUGCAGUCUUCAUAUGAGAACCUUGAGCUUUUUGUUUUGACUUUUUCUUUUCUCUUUCUUUCUUAUUUUUUUCUUUAUAAGUUGAGAGAAAGAUAGGGCCAUGAAUUUGCCCCCAAAUUUGAACUAUGGAUGUGAUCAAUCAAUGUUAGCGUGUGCAUUUUAUAAGGUAUUCAUUUUUUACUGUGAUAGAUGCUUUUGUGUUUGGUGUGGUGGCCAUUUCCCAGUGUACAGGUGCUGGGACCUUGCUCUAUCCACUUAAUGAUGUUUAUAGCCUCAUUUUAGAUGUUUAUGUGUACCCCCUAUACCUCUUGACUAUUUCAUUUUUCUGAUAUGAACUCAUGGUCUGUCUUACUCAGGCCUGUCAGCAGUGCUCCUUUGGCGACAUUGGUGCAGAGAGGAUAACCCCACAAGCAGCAUGAGGUUCCCUUCAUUGGUGGCUCCAAUAUUGUACUUUCCUCUGCCAACUGGUCUCCACACUUUUCCUAGCACCAUAAAGACUUCAACUCUUUCUCCUAAGGAAUAUUCUGGCAAUUGUCGAUUGCUAAGCACAUGACUUCAUGAGUGUUCCCCUAAUAUACACCCAUGUUAUAACCUCCCAUGCAGACUACUUCUUGAUGUGAUAUAAAGCACCUGUACAUAAUGAGACAGGAGAACUUUUGACUGCAUAUUCAAGCUGGUGUGAAAUCUCAGGAAGUUUUAAUGGCUAACAUUGGUGAAUGAGGACAAUUUGAGUUAGUGAGACAUUUUGGGGCAAGAUAUGGAAGGAAACAUUCAUUUAAAUGCAUAGGAAUUACUAAGGUUUUUAUAAUCAAGCCUUGAGGAAAAUUUGGCUUUGGAAGCAGGAGAUUCCCAGUGGCUCUGCCCCAGGAAAGUCUCCUGGAAAGGGCACCUCUGCUUAUGCUCAGUACAGGGAGAACAUUAGCAGGGAGGGAAAGUCUGCUCCCCAUGACAUCUGCUGUCCCUUCUUGGACAUUCUAUUGUCUCCUAGAGAGUUCUUGGCAUCCUCUGUGAUGUCACCUGUAUUGUAGUGAUGACCAGUGCCCUAGUUUCUCUAGUCUGAGUCUGGCAGUCACAAGCUAAGACAUGUUUUCCUGUCUUAGGGGGCAUUUUGGGAGGGGGAACAUCGAUUGUGGAGAGACUAGAGUGAAGGGGUCUAGCCUUUCCUCUCAAAGUAAUGAUGGACAAAGACAGCACUUCUGGGGAAUGUGUAAUGCUGGGAGAGAAACAUCAUCCCCUGGAACUGCCCUAAGCGAGAAGCAGGCCAAGAAGGAAAAGGAGAGACUGAUUAAAGAGCUGCAGCUCAUUACCAAGGAGAGAAAUGACCUGAGAGAUCGCCUGAGGUUUCUGACAGAGAGAUCCAUGAAAAAUAGGCCCUACUUCAGGCCAAAUACAUAUCAUGAAGACCUGGAGAGAAUGGAGGAGGAGGUCAUGUCAAGUCUGCACAACUUAGAGAUGGAGAACACUGAGAUCCAUGAGAACAGCCAUAAGCUGAAGAAGGAGAUGACCUUCUCUAGAAACCUGCUCAGCCAGCUCCUGAUGGAGAACACAUGCAGGAAGAAGUUGGUCCCACUGAAACAGGAGAGCAAGGAGGUACAUCUUGAUUGUGCACUGAACCAGAAAUAUUUGGUUGACUUCAACAAGAAAGAUAAAGACCAGCAACGUCCAGACCCAGCAUCUGGUCUCAGAAAGUGCAAGAGAGCUGGAAUUGGACACACCCCAGUAAGAGAGCUUCCUGAAGAAUAAGUUGCUUUCUCAGGAGUCUCUGAUGACAAACAUCCUGAAUGAAAUCACCACUUAAGAGACAACUGGGGGGACCGCCUUUCAUUAUGUGUGCUAGAAGAGAAACAGCAAUACAUCUGUGCUUCUAAAUGUUCGUGAAGAAUAUGAUGUUUAGAAAUAUUUUUGUUAUGAUUUUAAUUGAAAUUUUUUGUUGUUUCAUAUUUAUAUGUUCUUGUUACUAUUUUUCACUUUCGAAUAUUUUUAAAUAUUUUUAUUCAUUUUAAUCCUGUUUUGUUAUAAAAUGUAUUCCUUAUGAAUAAAUAUUGAAUUAUAUCUCUUGACUCUUAAAACCAUCAUUCUUACUCAAGGGUUCUGUCCCUCCUGUGGACUUAGAACUGACAGGUGGAGAUGGAUCUCUGCAUGUUCCAUGGAGCCUGGGCUAAUAAGUGAAUUCAAAGUCACCAAGGGGUACCCAGUGUGACAGUGUCUUUUGUGUGGAUA